AUGCGCAGCAUAGACAUCCACGCCCACACCUUUACAUCUACAAUGUUGAAAACUCUGGACGCCGGCCAGGAAUGGUACGGCAUGAGAUACGCGGACGAAUCCAAGGGAUCCGUGUACGUCAGGGAAGGAAAAAUUGUAGGCAUCAACCGCAAGUGCACUUUCACCCCCGAAGAGCGGGUAGCCGAUAUGGACCAGAUUGGCACCGAGGUCCAGGUCGUUUCUCUCCAUACUCCCGUCUUCGGCUACCACCUGGACGCCUCCGCCGGCCUGGCCCAGGCUCAGGAGGUCAACAAUGACAUAUCCGCGUUCGCCAAGGAAGCGCCCUCCAGGUUCGCCGGCAUGUCCACCCUGCCAAUGCAGGACGUAAACGCCGCCAUCGCCGAACUGGACCGGGCCGUCAACACUCUCGGCCUCAAGGGUGCCGAACUGGACACGGUGGUCAAUGGCAAGACUUGGGAUGAGCCGGAGUUUCUGCCCUUCUUUAAGGCCGCCGAGUCCAUGGGAGCUACCCUCUUUUUCCACCCCCAGCCCCAGCACAACCUUAUGCUGGAACGCACCAGCAAGUACGCGCUGAGCAACUCCGUGGGCGUGCCCGUCGAGGACACCCUGUUGGUCGCCGCCCUUAUCUUUGGCGGCGUUAUGGAAAAUUGCCCGGACCUCAAAGUCUGUGUGGCCCACGGUGGCGGCCCCGCCUGCUUCGGUAUGGGCCGGCUGGACCGGGGCUGGCAGGUGCGUUCCGAGGCGCGGGUCAAUAUCACUCGCCCUCCCAGCUACUACAAGAGUCGCCUCUACUACGAUAUCGUCGUCAUGAGCGAGCGGUCGUUGCGGUUCCUUAUCGAUUCGGUGUGGAAUUGA